AAAAUGUUGCUACAGAAGAAUGGUUCCAUCCCUACGAGGCUGACGAAUAUGGUCCGUCUCCGGAUUAAAUGCACGCCCUGAUGAAGUGACCACUAGGCAUACACACGUACUUCCUUCUUCUUUUUUUUUCAAACUGUCAUCCUGGUAAACGACGCGUUCCUGCCUUGUGAUCCUCCUGUCGCCAGAUUGAAACGGCAUUAGGACAACACGGUUGUUUUAUUAAAAGGAGCGUUUCGGAGCACGCACGAAUCAGACAUUUUGGGCGGUCUCACUCAGACACGCGAGGUGAGAUCCACAGGAGAGGUUCUGUGAAAGGAAGAGGAAUAUCACGUCUUUCCGUGUCCCGUUUUUCGCAUUGGUAAACAUCAGCCGUGACCAUUCUCACAGGUGAAAUAUGGAAUGUGUUCUCCAGCAGGCUCUGAGACACUCUCCCCUGACUGAACUGAAAACACACAGUUAGCAGUUUGCUUCUCCCCUUGAACUUCACAGAGCUUUACUGCUCAGCUAGGGGGACGAAGUAGGUAAAAUACGAAGUUUGUUUACAGAAGAACCUUCCCAAGCACACACUACCUUUAUUAGCAUUAUUUUUGUCCAUUUUGGAUCCUGCGAAGAACAGCCAUGAUGGAUAUGGAGCAGUAUCUGUGGAUGGUGGUUGUGGGCUUCAUAAUAGCCUUCAUCCUGGCUUUCUCUGUGGGCGCCAACGACGUGGCAAACUCUUUCGGCACGGCCGUGGGGUCUGGAGUCGUCACCCUCAGACAGGCAUGCAUCUUGGCCUCCAUCUUUGAGACCCUGGGUUCGAUGCUGCUAGGUGCCAAGGUGGGAGAGACCAUUCGCAAGGGCAUCAUUGACGUCAAUCUGUACAAUGACACGGUGCCAGUGCUGAUGGCUGGGGAGGUCAGCGCCAUGGUCGGGUCAGCAGUUUGGCAGCUUAUUGCUUCCUUCCUGAAGCUGCCCAUCUCUGGCACACACUGCAUUGUGGGAUCCACCAUUGGUUUCUCCAUGGUGGCGAUUGGCACCAAGGGAGUGCAGUGGAUGCAGCUGGUGAAGAUUGUUGCCUCCUGGUUCAUAUCUCCUCUCCUGUCGGGACUGAUGUCUGGCUUCCUCUUCUUCCUCAUCCGAUACUUCAUCCUGAACAAAGACGAUCCUGUACCGAACGGACUGCGCGCCCUCCCUCUGUUCUACGCCUCCACCAUCGGGAUCAACACUUUCUCCAUCAUGUACACCGGAGCCCCUUUGCUGGGUUUGGAGUUGCUUCCUGUAUGGGCCAUAGCUCUGAUCACUCUGGCAGGUUCCCUGGUCUGCGCCGCUCUGGUCUGGUUCUUCGUUUGCCCUUGGAUGAGGAGGAAGAUCGCAAGUCAGCUAAAGAAGGAACAGGCCUUGUCCAGGAUAUCGGAUGAGAGCUUGGAUAAGAUCCCAGAGGAAGAAGAGACCCCAGUGUUUAAAGAGCUGCCAGGAGCCAAGGGCACGGACGACGCUGUGGUGCCCCUCACUGGCAGAGGGACAGAGACCUCCGCGGAGCUCACUAGCCUGGCCAACGGGGGCACAGUCCUGCCUAACGGCCGAGUCUAUGGCAGGACUCACUCCAUGACAAAUGGCUGUCUGAAGUCUCCACUCUCGAAUGGCAGUUUCAGUUUUGACGGUCACAUGCGCAGUGACGGGCAGGUGUACCACACGGUGCACAAAGACUCAGGGCUGUAUAAGGACCUGCUCCACAAAAUCCACCUGGGACGCCUGGAGGACGAGAGCUCCCGACCUCCCCCCGAAAACUACCGCGCGCUGCGGCGCAACAACAGCUACACCUGCUACACGGCGGCCAUCUGCGGCAUGCCCGUGCAGCCGCUGCUGCGCAGCGAGUCCAGCGCGAACGCGGAGGACAGCGAGAAGCUGGUGGGCGACAGCGUGUCUUACUCCAAGAAGCGUGUGCGCUACGACAGCUACUCCAGCUACUGCAACGCUGUGGCUGAAGCGGAGAUCGAGGCGGAGGAGGGGGGAGUGGAGGUGAAGCUGGCCGCCAACCCCAUGGACUCCCUGCCUCCCCCUCUGGAUGACGUUGUGGAGGAGGACAAGGAGGAGAAAGACAAGCCGCAAGUCUUCCUGCUCUUCCACUUCCUGCAGAUCCUCACCGCUUGCUUUGGCUCUUUCGCUCAUGGAGGCAACGACGUCAGUAAUGCUAUUGGCCCACUGGUGGCGCUGUGGAUGAUUUAUGACCAGGGCGCGGUAAUGCAGGACGCUGCCACGCCCAUCUGGCUGCUGUUCUAUGGAGGCAUAGGCAUCUGUGCUGGCCUGUGGGUGUGGGGCCGCAGGGUUAUCCAGACCAUGGGGAAAGACCUGACCCCCAUUACACCCUCCAGUGGAUUCACUAUUGAACUGGCAUCGGCGCUCACUGUUGUGUUCGCCUCCAAUAUUGGACUCCCUAUCAGUACCACACACUGCAAGGUGGGGUCUGUGGUCGCUGUUGGAUGGAUCCGCUCCAAGAAGGCGGUGGACUGGCGCCUCUUCAGGAACAUCUUCCUGGCCUGGUUCGUCACGGUGCCUGUGGCCGGGCUCUUCAGCGCUGCCGUCAUGGCACUGUUCGUCUACGGCAUCCUGCCCUUCGUCUAGGAGGAAACCCCCCAAGCUGGGGCUGUGCUCGCCCCUACGAGGGAGAGAGGGGAGAGCAGGAGAGAUUGUGGGAUCACAAGCUACAUGGAAAACCUCCAGAAUAUUCUGUUUGGGUUAUCUAUUUUUAUUUUAAUUUCAGCUUUUAUUUAUUUUCUUAAGAAACAAACUGCACACCAAAUUAGUUUCAUCUUCCAGAUAAAUCUGCUGUACAGACAACACUAAGAGUAGGUUUUUUUAUAUAGUAAGAUGAAAGGGUUUGAUUAAAAAGUAACUUUGUUAAUAAGGAUGUGUGUGUUUACACACAAAGACACACACACACAUAUACACACACACACAUAUAUGCACACCUUCAUAGAAAUACAGACAUGCUACAUACCUGCAGCUAUACAUAGAUUAUAUAUCCAUAUACUUAAUAAAGUUUAUUGCUACCUGAAUCUUGGUGUUGUACUGAGUAGUGUAGUGUCCCUGAAAACAGAGGUGUAAAUAUUGUAUCAUUUGAGUGAGAUUUUGUGGAACUGAAGCUUUUGCUUUGAGUAAUCUCAGCCCCCACCCAAACAUGCCAGUCGGCACGGUAAUGGUACGACUACACCACGCCGCUGCCCAUGGGAGAGAUGGAGUAAGUGAGAUACAGUUCUGUAAUUUUAGUUUUUUCAUUAAUGCUAGCAUACACAGUUCAAAUGAAAGAGGUUCCUGUAUUUCCUGUAUAUCCUGUUAUAAGGUGGAUUUCACAUUUUAAUAAUGUAUUAUAUUGUAAUUUCUACUGUAAAUAUUUUCCGCAGUGUUUUCUUUUGUUUUCAGUUGUUUUUGCAUUGGGGGGUCUCCACAUGACACAUCACAUAGUCACACUCUAGUAAUGUGCCAACCUGGGUCUGGUCCAAAUGUGGAAUGUAGUGAAUGACAAAACUCUGAGAAUGGCCCAGUAUUACCAUUAGCUUUAGCCUCAGAAGAGCCUAGCAUCACAGGGUUAGGGUUAGUGUUAGCAUUAGCAUUAGAACAGCCCAGUAUUACAGGACAGCAGGACUCAGUGGUGUCAAUCUCAGUAGUUCUGCAGUACUGACUGACAGUAUUUCCUAGUCCCCCUCAGACACUGAUACUAACACACACGCACUCUCAUGGCACACUGAUACCAGCAUACCUGAUCCCAACUGAUACUAAAACACCCCAACUUGGAUUUGAAUUUUUAACUGUCAUCUUCAGUUCAUAUCUAAUUUUGAGAAUGUGCAAGUUUGUUUCAGUAAUGUUUUGUAGGAUUAAGCUGGGAUUGAAGUAUGGGUUUUUUCAUAUGAGAAGAAUAGUAACACAUUGUUACCAAGCAGGGCAGCCUCGUGACCCUGUUGCAAUGCCAUGAUUAAUAUUAUAUCACUGACUUUUGUGUUGAUCUGUUGUGAGGGGACCUCUGCUCAUUUUCUGCCCUUUUGAAAAAUAUAUAAUUUACCAAAGAUACAGAGGAAUUAGUUUUUCAGUAUCUAUAUUGUCAGUAUAAUAUUGAUGUCUCGAGAAGCAUCGUGGAAAUGUUAUCUUCAACACUGGUUAUUCCUUGGUUUCCCAAGUUUAAGACUUACCAAUUUGUGUGUGUGUGUGUGUGUGCGUGUGUGUGUGUGUGUGUGCGUGCGUGCCUACAGGUGAACAGUGACUGUGCUGGCUUUGUUUGGAAGGUGUUCUGAGUGGGUAGAACAAUAGCCUACUGUUUUAGAGCUAGACAGGUUGUUUAAAAUAGUAGGAUCUCAAUAUGCCUGCACCUAGCCUUCUCACUCGAUGUCACCUACAGACAGACUGCAGCACAUAGACACUUUGAUUCUAGAUUAUGUGGUCCCCUUUCAGACAAAAACUUGUGCCAGCUAUAUUACAGCAAAGGGUAACAUAUGUAUAGGAGCUUUUCUGGAGUGUCCAUUUAAUUGCACCACAAAACAUCAUAUUUUGGAUCAUGUAGGGUCAGUUUAACAGGCUGUGUGAUGGACUAGGUAUGUCCUCCUCUCCCAUUUGGUUUUUGCAGUAGAAAGACUGUGAGCUAUGUAUACUUGUGCCAUAGUCUGUCCUCCAUUUCUCAUACUGUUACCAGUCAAGCCAUAAUGGAGGCCUCUCCACAUUAAGCUGCAGUUAUCACACAGCAAUACUCCACACAGGCAACAGUUGAGAAAUUUAUCUUACCUUCUUUGUCUGUUCCAUGGAGUUUCUGCUUGGGUGUUCUUCCACUGGUAGCAUUUACUGUGGGCUUCAUAACAGACUCCAUGAUUUAAACUUUGGCUUUGUCAGUCAGGCAGAAGUGGUGCAUUUAAAUCGUAACUCCUUACCCCAGCUGUUGUAGCAAUAUUGUGACACAGACUGGUAAUUGUAGCAAUGUUGUAACAGCGACUGGUCAUUGUAGCAAUAUUGUGACAGAGACUGGUUUUUGUAACGAUGUGAUUGAAACUGGUCAUUGUAGCAAUGCUGUGACACAGACUGGUUAUUGUGGUGGCAUUGCGAGUAGUCGUUGUGAUGAUGUUGGGAGACCGAUACCGUGAGUUCAGUGUGGUGUGCUGUAUAAGGUCAGGUUGAUAUCUUCAGAAAGAGAAGUGCAGAGAUACAGGAACACAAGGAUCAGAUGAUCACCCAGAGGUAUCUAUCACAAUCACCAGUCAAACUGAUCCAAGGACUCAGAUAUGAGAAUAUAAUAUGUGUGUGUGUGUUCUUUAUCUCUGGAAGGCCAGGAACUGCCUGAUCAUUAAUGCCUCAUAUCACCAGCUUCAGGGAGGAAUUCUCCUGACAAAAAAUGCAAAUGUUUUCGUAUUAUUAAUAGACCCAACCCAAAAUGUGUACGGUUUGUUGGCUUUUCUUCUCAUUUCUAUCUCCCAUUUGGACAGAUCUUUCCCAUGGCCUUGUACAGUUGUUUUUUAUUUUGUGUUAUAUACAGUAGGCUGUGGUGUUUACAGUGUAACCGUGUAGUUGAACCCAUUGCCUAAAAAUGCCAAUGAAAGAAAAUGAUCAACUAAUAAGUGCAAGAAAAUAACCAGAAGUGUGAAUUAAGAUUCAUUUCCUUAUUUUUCUGUUUUCUUUUGUAGUGAUAGUUAUAAUUAUCCAUUCACUACUGCAGUCUAACACUAAGUGAUACGUAUGUAUGGGUGCGAUUCAUUUAAUAAUAAAAAAAUAGAUAAAUGAAUAAAUUUCCAUCUGACUAUAUUUUUCUACCAUAUCUGAACUGAACGCAAGCGAGUGACACACGGUGUGUCCACUGCUCUGUGCAGACUGCGUGUGGUUGCUGAGAGAUCAGACUUUAAAAUAAUUUUCUUGUUUAUUUUUUAAUUCUAUAUUAAGCACUUUGUAAUUUUGUUUCCCACUUGCUGCAUUGAAGUCGUAUAUCAGGAGGUCAGACACAGAAUGCCUCUGCGGGGAUGGGGCAGGAGCCCACUGAGCUUCCUGCUGUUGUGCCACUUUUCAUCUGGGCUUUUUCUGAAUGUUGAAUGGUUGUUUAUUCUCAAGUAGGUACAUUAACACCCGCCUCCCGCCCACUAAAAUAAGCAUAACUGGCCUUGUGACGCACACUUUUUUCUCCAGUAGCUCACUCAGUGUUUGUAAAGUGCUAUGCAGUGUUCAUCCUGCUGGGGGCGCAAUGUGUUGUGCAUCCUGCAGGAGUGCAGUGUGGUGUCUCGCUAAUGUGGUGGAGUGAGUUGUUUCUAACUCAUAAGUACACUCCUAGUCUCAGCUAGAGGGUGAGCGGAGUCAGGGGGAUGGGGUGUACAUGACCAUGUGAUCCGUUAUCUAUGUCAGACACCUAUGAUGCAGGUAUCAGCAGCCAUGUUUCAUUUCUGAACCAGACCAUUUAGUCCUUUUCAGCCACUCAAGACAAGCUGCCAGUUCAUCAACCGUUCUUGCGUUGUGAAGUUAGGGUUCAGUAAACCUGAAUCAGGACUCUACAGCACAUUUCUGUUAUUACCUCAUGGUUAUAGUGGUGCUUUUUUCCUUUAAUUAGUUCAAAUUGUAGGGUUAAUUCUGCGCUAGCCAGCUGUCUUCUGUAGUCUUGCUGUCGUACUCCUGCUGCUCUGUGUUGUAUCUUUACUUCCACUGUUGCUGUGACGUGUCCUAUUACCUGCCGUCCUGGCUUUGUAGGCUGCAUUCUCCUGCUAAGAACUGGACUGUAAACCUAACAAUACUGUUCUGAUUUGCAUAUAUAAUGUACUGUAUUUUUUGGUUUU